AUGCCUCCUAAAAGUAGAAGAUCAGAUUUAAUUUCAAAUCAGCUCAAGGAAGAAGGAAAUACGGAAUUCCUCAAUAGAGAUUAUAACAAAGCGAUUAACCUGUAUACGAAAGCUCUUUACCUUGAAGAGAACCCCAUCUGUUACAAUAAUCGUGCUCAAGCUUAUCUUUAUAAUAAUGAACUAGAAUUGGCCUUGUAGGAUUGUAAUAAAGCUUUGCAAUUAAAUCCAAAUUAUGUCAAAGCCACCACCAAUAAAGCUCAAGUGCUCUAUUAAAUGGGUUAUCUUUAAUAAGCAAUUGAAUGCUUGUAAGGUAUAAAUAAUCACAGUCCAGAAAGUCAAAUAUUACUCAACUAAUAUUAAUCACAAUCUCUAAAAACUUUAUUAGAUUAAGGAGAAUUAGAACGUUAGAAGACAUUAUUAGAAUGGUUAAAACAUGGAAAAGCCCAAUUUCCAAAAAUAAAAAUUGAAUGCUAUUCAGAGUCUUAUCGCGGGGUUAAUGCUAAACAAAAAAUAAAUGCGAAAGAGCUGAUCCUCUUCAUUCCCAAAUCUCACAUGAUAACAUUGGAAAUGGCUAAGGAAACCCCUGUGGCUAAAAAAAUGAUAUAAUUCAGACUAGAUUUACUUUCACCAAAACAUUCAUUUCUCUCCACCUUUUUACUGCAAGAGAAAUCCAGACCCAAUUCUUUCUGGAAACCUUAUCUAGAUAUCUUACCAUAAUCCUACCCGUCAUUUCCCAUUUUCUUUAACAAUUAUGACUUAGAGUGGCUUCAAGGCUCACCCUUUUUAAAGUAAAUCAACGACAAGCUCUCUGAUCUUAAGAAGGAUUAUAAUGACAUCUGUAAUGUUGCUCCAGAAUUCUCACAAUAUUCAUUUUAUGAAUUUUGUUGGGCAAGAAUGACAGCUAGUAGCAGAAUAUUUGGUAUAAACAUUAAGGGUGUUAAAACAGAUGCAUUUGUACCAUUAGCAGAUAUGCUUAAUCAUAAAAGACCUAAAUUAACUUCUUGGUGUUACUCAGAGGAAAAACAAGGAUUUAUUAUAGAAACGGAUGAAAAAAUUGAUAGAGGUCAAAUGAUAUUCGAUAGUUAUGGGAGGAAAUGCAACUCAAGAUUUCUAUUAAAUUAUGGCUUUGUAGUUGAUGACAAUGAUGCAAAUGAAGUUAAUGUUACUGUCGCAGCUGAAUUUAAUGAUCCUCUCAUAUAAUUAAAAGAAGAUGCUACUGAGGAAUAAUUGAAAUAGCCUAAAACAUUUCGGUUGAUAAUGGACACAGAUGGUAUUAAUGAAAUUACACAUUUUCUAGAAGCAACAGUUAUGGAAUUCAUGAGUUAUAUCAGAUUUUUAGUGAUUCGAGAUCAAACUCAACUUUAAUUUCUAUUAAAUGAAAGAGAGUCCAAAUAUAUUAAGCCUACUAAAAUAUAGCCUUUGGGAAUACAUAAUGAAUUAGAUAUGUGGGAUUUGAUAAGGCGAAUCUGUUAUGUGUCUCUAUCACGUUAUCCAACUACAUUAGAACAAGACAAAGAAAUACUGUAGAUUUGUGAUUUGACUACAAAUUAAAGAAAUUGUUUGAUUCUCAGGAUGGGAGAAAAAGAAAUACUCAAAUUCUACUACCAGUUCAGUGAAAAAAUGAAAUAGCUUUUAAGUAAUUUUAAUUAAUUAGAAACUAAUAUAUUCUGCUCGAAAGAAGAAAACUGCAAAUACUUAAACUAUAUAAAUAAAGUUAUUAUGUUUCAAAAUUAAAAUGAUCAAUGA